AUGAAGACCUCGAUGACGGCCCUUUGCCUCGUCCUCUGGUGGGGAUUUUCGAGGAACGAUCACGGCAUGUGCCAAAAGAACGAACCGACGCCAUCGGAGGACCAUGACCUCGCCAAGAAACGCGACAAUCGAUCCGAGGAGGCCCUAUCGCGCGAAAGGAGGACCUUGGUCUUCUAUAAGUCGCCCAACGUCGUGCUUACCAUCGGCAUGGGAACGCCGUUGCAGUUGGAUCGCGAGAGCGUGAUCGUGGGUGUGUUUACGAAAUUGCUCUACGCCUUGCCGGGGAAUGCCUCGGAUUUCACCGAGCCCGGAGUAUACUACUCGAGGACUGGCAGAAGUCGGUGGAGUAUUUACAAAGUAUUGGAAACCGCCGGGGAGAUUUAUGGAUUCGGCGGCAAGGGGUGCCUCCUACGAGCCAUUUGCGAGGCAACCCAUGCACCGUUCGACGUGGACCACGGGCUGUUCGGCCAACUGGUGCAGGCCUUCUUCACGCCGUCCAGCACGGGGGAGAGUUACGAGGAGUACGGAGAUCGCGAGUACCACGCGGCGGAGCGUUUGGGCAAGCACCCUGGUCGGAGCUGCCACGCCCUUUACCCGGAAUGCCGCAGGAGCAUCCUCGACGUAUUCUCCACGACGGGGCCGUGA